AUGGAUAUUUUUAAUUUUCAGACAGUGUUCUCCAUGCCUCGAGCAGACUUCGGCUUGCCACAGGAUGUAGGAAACAGUGCCAAAGUAGCCGAUCGUGCCACGGCACUGCGUGGGUCGUUCGAUGAGCUGGACAAUUUCUCCGUCACCAUCAAAUCGGGAUAUGCGUUACUCAUCCUGAUUCGUGACAUUGUCCUGUCGAUCGCUACGCAGCUGAGCUCCAGCGGAACGUUACUGAUGGAUUCGAUUGUAACGCUCGCCAACAAUGAUACCGGUCCGGUGAAGGCCUCAUUUGGACAAGUCAAUCAAGCGAUCAUAUCACUGAACAUCCUACUCAACGGGGGGCUCGGUAUGGAGCUUAAUACUUUAACCAGCAAACUUGGCCCUUCGAUGAGCAACCAAUUUGUGGACGGAUUUAAGGGUAUCAGCAAGGCUUUGCAAGCGUUGUCCGUGGCACUUGGUGAUCUUCAGAACGGCAUCGCUCAAGCACAGCUCGCAGCCGGUAAUGGCCCCGUAACAUCGAGCCUUGUCCGGAAAUUCGUCCCAGCUGCUCUGGUGUACAAUGUGCUGGCGGCCCUGGAUGGUAUCGGAUCCGGGGUGCCCAGUGUAAUGUACACGAUUAAAACUACCCUCGGAUAA